CACAUUCGCGACGUCGUCGUCUAUGCUCGUCUAGUCGUCCACCACACCUUUAUUCCACACCCAAGCGGAACCAAACAAGUGCUUGAAGCCUGCUCUAAUCCAAGCCAACCCAAUCCGAUCCAACUCGACCGGAGGUGGAAGGAAGGAGUGAGUGAAUCAUGCCGAGGAGUCCGCAGCUGAGCCUGAGCGGCUGCAGCUCGCUCUUCUCCCUGUCCAGCACCAGCACGAGCCGCGACAACGACAGCGCGGCCGCGGCGGCACCGCCGCCGUCGUCUCUCCACCCGCUGCCCCCGCGCGGCCCUCUUCUGUCGCUCAGCGUCGGCGGCGGCGGCGAUGAGGAGCAGGAGGAGGAGGAGGAGUACCUGCUGGGCGGCCUGGAUCUGCAGCUCACCGGGGCCGGCGGCAGCAACAGCAGCGGUUGCUGCGACGGCGACGACGAGCGCAAGAACAUCCGGAUGAUGAAGAACAGGGAGUCUGCGCUCCGCUCCAGGGCGAGGAAGAGGGCGUACGUGCAGGAGCUGGAGAAGGAGGUUCGUCGCCUGGUGAAUGAGAACCUCAAGCUCAAGAGGCAGUGCAAACAACUGAAAGUGGAGAUGGCUGCACUGAUCCAGACAAGCAGCAGCAAGGGCAACUCCCACAUCAGAAGAACCUCCUCAUCCACUCAGCUCUAGCUCCCUACUUGUUAUGGUCCUCGGGAUGUAGCUAGAAUGCACCACCAAAUUACAAUACUAGAAUUUUAGUAUCUAAUCUUCAUCUUUUCACUAGCUGUAACUCCGUGGUACAAUACCUCCAAGGAGCGUUGAAAUCUUGCCAAUGCGCUCCGCGCCUUGAUUAUAUCGGUUGCAUCCACUACAGCUUCUGCUGAUCCAGCAGUCUCAGGAUCCAUGGAUUAGGACGAGCAAGAAUUGGAAGCUAGACUGCUUAUAUGAUCCAUGAAUGUGCUUUUGCUGGCUUGGGUUGAAUGGAAUGAGAUGACAGUUUAGUAACUCGAUCUGUUGAAGGAUCGGAACUGAGGUUACUGUUU